CAGAAUGGCUGGGCUCUCUGGGUUCCAUUGAAUGCUCUAUUUCAAGAGCAGCCUUUGAAAGCUUCAAGCAGGCCAGUGAAUCAGGCGCUAGGCUCCAGAUUUAGCUCGAAAAUGGCAAAACAUGACCUCCCUCAGGUCUCUGAAUGGGUCCAAUUGGCGGACGCCGAAGCGACGGUUUGUGCGUUCUGUUGCUGGCUUUCUUCAACGCCUCCGACAUCCACCUUUCGACGGAAUGAUGCGUCAGAUGACAAAAGUGAUAUUCUCUAUGACGAUUGCGCAAGAGGAAGUGGUAUACCUCCGUGUGCUGUUGCUAUGGUCUUGUUGAUGCAAUAUUAUUCCAGUGUGCGUUAA